GUGCCUCCCAGACUCAUAGGCUGCCCUAGGGAGGUCCCUGCUGGACCUCAUGGAGUCUUCUGCUCUCCUCCCUGCUCAGGUGUCGGGGAGCACCAGCUGGGAGUCUCCCAGGGCUCUGUUUCUCUCCUCGGGCAGCGUCAUGUCCUGCUUCACCCACCUGUGGCACUCCAGCACGCCAGACUCUCCCACCAGCCCCGAGCCUGCCUCCCCGGGUGACAUCCCCAUCCCCAUCAGCCCCAUCGUUGUCACCUCGCCGGGGGAUGGCAGGAGGAAGGCCAAGUCCCCGGUGGACAAGCCAGGCUCUCCAAGCCCAGCCUCUCCGAAGCCAACCUCCCCCGUGGAGUGCUCCAUCUGCUUCAACACCUACGACAACACCUUCAAGACCCCCAAGCUGCUGCAGUGCUCCCACGUGUUCUGCCUGGAGUGCGUGGCCCGCCUGAGCACCGGGCUGCCCCCCAACCAGCCCGAGGACCAGCUGCCCUGCCCCUUCUGCAGGCAGCUCACCAGCAUCCCUCAGGAAGGGGCCCCGGCGCUCAAGACCAGCAAGGAGCUCCUGGCCACGCUGCCUCCCGAGCUGCAGCAGGAGAAGGUGCUGUGGAUGGAAGGCACCAAGCUGUGCUGCCGCCAGUCCUCCGAGGACCCCGAGAACCCUGACUCCUGCAUCUCCAUCGACGUGGCCAUGAGCAAGCCCGAGAGUGCCGAAGCUCCUCCCGCGGGGCUGGCCGGGAGGCUGUCCCGCUGCGACGUGUGCGACGACUGGAAGCGCAUCCUCCUCCUCUCUGCCCUCAUCAUCAUCCUCUUCUGCAUCAUCCUCUGGCCAGUCCAGUGCGCCCUCAAGACGGGCAACCUCCGCUGCUUCAGCAGGACUGUGGCCAUGAGCAGGCCUGAGUACCUCUCCCCGAAGCCCACCACGGCGCCGCCUGCCACGCAGCCUCCCUUCCAGUAGCGGCGCAGCAGCUCCCCGCGGCAAGCUGCGGAGGCAGGGACGGGACCUGCUGCCCCGACGGCAGCCCUCGGUUUGCUGGCAGAGCCCCUGGGCCCCUCCCCACGCUCUGCUCUUCGGCAGAUGAGUUCACCUCCGGGAGCCCUGCUCCAGGACUCGCCUGCCAAGCUGCCUCCGGGCCAGGGAUGCUCCAAGGAGCCUUCUGCCGAACUCUCCGUGGAAAGCAAAGCUCUGAAGGCCAAAGGCAGGUUUCCAGGGCUGGUCAGCAGGCGGCAGUGGGUGCAGGGCCCCUGAGGGCCGUAGGGAGCAAAGGGUUCGUUCCGCAAACAGGCAGCAUCUCCAUGGCUGUUCUUAGGAGGAGCUGGGAGCGGGAGGGGACAGGCAUGGCAGAGCUGCAGGAGCAGGCGGAAAUGAUCCUCCCUGCACAGGCUUGGACCCAACCCAUCCUGUUAGUGCCUCCUGGAGGGCUCAGUGCUGCCGCCUGCUGGCCAGCCGCGGACCUGGCCUUGCUGCCCACCGCCUGAGCUGCGCUCCCAUCCUGAGGAGCCCUGGAACAGAAGACAGCAGCCACUCUACUGCGGGUUUUUUCCGUAAGAAGAUGCUUGACCUCCUCACAUCCCUACCCAGACAACGACUCUGAGCACAGGGUGGGGUCUGUGAGGCGCAACUAACACCACACCACAGCUCAGCAAACUUCAACUCCUGCUCCUCGCAGGCAGAAGCAGAGAAGCUCCAUCCUCUGGCAGCUUGACCCCCUCCUCAUCUUAAGGUGUGUCAGUAUUAAGACACAGGCCAGUUGCUUACACUCCCUUUAUAUUUGAUGCAGUGAUCUUCUGACAGUGAUUUGCAGAAGCCUUUGUGAUGAAGGCAACCUCCAAUUCAAUGUUUUCUACUCAAGCACGUGGAUGUUGGACAGUGUUGUAUGCAAGGACCAUACCUGUAUGGAUUAAAUUAUGUUUUGUACAAUGCAAA